AUGAGAAAUUUGAGUGGUGGCCACGUAGUGGACUUUGUCUUGGUGGGUUUCCCUACGUCACCACCCCUGCAGCUUCUCCUCUUCAUCUUCUUUUUUGCAAUUUACCUGUUAACGUUGUUAGAGAAUACACUUAUUGUCUCCACCAUCUGGUUCACUCCAAGCCUUCAUCGCCCCAUGUACUUUUUUCUUGGCCAUCUCUCCUUCUUAGAGCUUUGGUACAUCAAUGUCACCAUUCCUCGGCUGUUGGGAGCAUUUCUUACACAGGAUGGUAGAGUCUCCUACACAGGAUGCAUGACCCAACUCUACUUCUUCAUUGCUUUAGCGUGCACCGAGUGUGUCCUGCUGGCCAUGAUGGCCUAUGACCGUUACCUUGCCAUCUGCGAGCCUCUUCGUUACCCUAGUCUCAUGCCUGCCAGCUUGUCCACUCGCCUUGCUGCUGCCUCUUGGGGCAGUGGCUUCUUCAGUUCUAUGAUGAAGCUUCUUUUCAUUUCCCGACUGUCCUACUGCGGACCUAACAUCAUCAACCAUUUUUUCUGUGAUAUCUCUCCGCUGCUCAACCUCACCUGCUCUGACAAGGAGCAAGCAGAACUAGUAGAUUUCCUCCUGGCCCUGGUGAUGAUUCUACUCCCUCUGUUGGCUGUGGUUUCGUCAUACGCUGCAAUCAUUGCCGCCAUUUUGAGGAUCCCUACAGCCCAGGGACGCCACAGAGCCUUCUCCACCUGUGCCUCUCACCUGGCUGUGGUUGUUAUUUACUACUCAUCCACUCUCUUCACGUAUGCACGGCCCCGAGCUAUGUACAUGUUCAACCAUAACAAGAUCAUCUCUGUGCUCUACACUGUCAUUGUACCAUUCCUCAACCCAGCUAUCUACUGCCUGAGAAAUACAGAGGUGAAGGAUGCCUUUAGGAAGACAGUACUGGGAAGAUGUCACUGUCAUAGGGAUGUUCCCGACUGA